CUCUAAGGUGCACAAAAUGAUCCGUGAAGUUUGUCUCAUUGCUCUCCUCUGUGUUGCUGGAGUCUUCUCCAGGACUCUUGAGUCCCCCGAGACAGACCCCGCCUGGGCAGCCAAUUGGGAAGGCUUCAUUGUUGGUGGUCAGAACGCUGUAGCUGGACAGUUUCCCCAUGUGGUUUCCCUAAGAUCCACUGCCAACAGCCACUUCUGCGGUGCUUUCAUCGUGAACAACAGAUGGGUUGUUUCAGCUGCUCACUGCACCAUCAGUCGCAACCCUGGCAACACUUGGAUCGUCGUUGGUGCUCUUCAGCUCAGUUCUGGUGGAACUAAUGUCGGAACUUCCCGUAUUGAAAACCACCCUGACUAUUCUGGAAUAACUUUAGCCAAUGAUGUCUGUGCCCUUCAGACACAGAACACGAUCACCUUCUCCAAUACUGUACAACCUCUUAGUAUGGGAUCCACGCACAUUGGUGGAGGAGCCCAAGCUACCGCUGCCGGUUGGGGACGCAUUGGACACAAUCUGCCCCUUGCUAACACCCUUCAGUGGCUCAAUGUCCAGACCAUUACCAACGAAGAUUGUCGCAACCGUCAUAGCGCUAUCAAUGCUCUCCGUGUCCAUGACAACACCAUCUGUACCUUCACACGCCAAGGUGAGGGUAUGUGCAACGGAGACUCUGGAUCUGCUCUCUUCAUUGGAAACAGCGCCAUUGGUAUCGUUUCCUGGGGUAUUCCAUGUGCUCAGGGCUUCCCUGAUAACUUCGCUCGUGUGUCUUCUCACCGCAACUGGCUUAUCGGCCAUACCGGAUAAACUGCUGGCUUGAAUGUCUCACGCUUGUGAAAAAAACGUCUCAACAAUAAAUUAAAAUGCAUUCUGCAAAAAAAA